AUGAGCGGUAAGAAGUCGAAUUUUAUAUCUAAGCGAAACGUUGUCGCCAGUUGGGUUCCGACAAAUCUAGAAGAAGAGUUUGCAGAUGAGUUCAAACACGUGUACUUCAUAGCUGUACUGCUCUUCAGCGUCAUACUCAGUGUAUAUGUUGCAACCAUGCACAGAUCAGUUUCUGGGGGCGACAAUGGUGAGCUUCUUGGAUGUGCUUGUGAGCUGGGGAUUGCACAUCCGCCUGGAUAUCCCACCUUCACCGUUCUCGGGCAUUUUUUUGUUCGCUUCUUCCCGUUCGGAACUCCAGCAUUUCGCGUUGCAUUCAUGUCCGGAACAUGCGAUGCUCUCGCAGGGGUCCUAGUGAUGCUUUCUGUGCAUCGAUGGUUUCUGUUGGAAUCAACGCUGGAGAAGAAAAGCGUGGCUCAGGCGUGGGUUGGCUCUGUUUGGCCAUCGUUGCUUGCUGGUGGAUUGUAUUCUCUCUGUCCUCUAGUUUGGAUGUACUCAGUUCAAGCAGAAGUGUUUGCUAUGAACAAUUUUUUUGCGGCGCUAUUGAUUUACUUGAUCCUGAGGUUCAAUGAAAAGAGAAGCCUGAAGCUUGCUUGUUUGGGCUCAUUUUCUAUUGGACUUGGUCUUACCAACCAACAUACUCUUGUUCUAUUCGCACUUCCGGUUGUUGUUUGGAGCUUGUUUGUUGGCAGAAAUGUUUUGAUCAAUGUUCGAGCCAUCUCGCUUCUUUCUUUCUGUGGUCUUGUGGGGUUGACGCCGUACGUGUUCUUGUUCACUCAUGCGAAGUACGCUCCACUUGGAUCAUGGGGAGACACGUCGACAUUUGAUGGCUUCAUGACACACUUUCUGCGGAAAGAAUAUGGAACCUUCCAAUUGUAUUCCGGCAAUGAUAUGCAGCAAAAACAAGUCCUUGUGGCGACAUUGCGGUAUUUCAAACAGCCGCACAUUAUCUCUUUCAUGAUUCUUGGGAAAGGACUCAAGCCAUUUUUGGAAAGAAUUUCAUGCUGGAAAGCGCAAUUUGUUAUCCCAGCAGUGCUCUUGAUUCUGUUCGCUCAAGUUGGAAUCAACUAUAAGUCUAUGGAUCAAAGUAAGAAUUUGCACGUGCGAGAUCUUGGUAGGAAGCACCUUGAAUUUCUCCCGCCCAACACGAUCCUUAUCUCGCAGGGCGACCUUGUGACUAACUCGAUGAGAUACCUGCAACGAUGUGAAAAGUACAGGACGGAUGUUCUUCUUCUUGACGAGACCAUGAUGACCUACAAAUGGAUGAGAAACAAUCAAGGCCCUCGUAUGAAAAAAUGGAAAAUCAAGUUUCCGAAUGAGUUGCACUCUCCUAACCCAAUGGCAAACACGUACACUAUGGAAGAGUUCCUGGCAGUUAACGGAAGAAACCCAAAGUUCCCUGUCUUCAAAGCUGGAGCAUGGCUAGGAGGCGUGAUGGGUCGCCAAGACAGUGGAGUCCCGUCUUGGCACACGGUUCCGGUGGGAUUGGUGUCAGCAGUGAUGAGAAAAGGACGGGACAUGUCGAACGAAGAGUGGCUUGAGUGGUUCAACAAGAUUGAUCUCUUUCCGCAAGAACCGGAUUUCUUUGCUUUCGACGACAGAACGUGGGAGUGGCUUAUGCGCAGGAUCAUCUUGGAGUGGCGCGCCAAGGUAGGGUUUCGCUUCUCAAACUUGGCGGUGGAGAAAGCAAACGCGUUGGGCGAGAGAGCUUGGCUUGACCGCGCCGAGACGUAUAUCGCCGACGUACUACGAUUGGAGGAGAUUGCUCAUGGGCACGAGCCGAAGACUUACAUCCUUGCUGACCUUUACAACGCGCUCGGGAUGCUACAAGUGCACAUCCAACACUUCCUCACGUCUCGGGAAGAGAUCAUCGAGUCCAAUCGAAAGAUUGCCAAGUUCUUCGCCCUCUACGUUGAAAAGAGUCCCAAGCCUGACAUCAGCAGCUCGCAGGAGGCUAGUCUCGUGACCUUCCUGCAGCAGAACCCCAGCUACGACCAGAUGAUCAUCCCCAAGGAGAACUUGGAUGCGCAGACAGCUGAGUUGGCAAAGGAGAAGGCGAAAGCGACAGAGCCUGUAAGCGAGUCCGCGAGGUCGAGCAAACAGAGCAAGUCUUCCAAGAAAGGGAAGAAAGCGAAAGAUCCGAAUAAGAAGAAGCGCAAGAAUGCUGAGUUGUAA